AUGGCUAAACGUUCCAGAAGAAUAGAUUCAACGGACGAUGAAUAUGAAACUGAUUUUGAGGAGACUGAAACGUCCCAUAGAAGGAGCACCAAGACUAUAUCGUAUAACGAAGACGACGGUGAUGACGCAACUGAUGUUCAAGUGGAGGAACAGACAAACACCGACAACCCUAGCAUAAAGGAGGAUGAACCCGAUAGUGACGACCCAUUUGCAGUUCCAACUUCACCCGAAAAAGAUGACGACAGUGAGGAUUACGUUGAAGAAUCAGACACAGAGAUCAGUGGCCCAGGCAGAAAGAAAAGGAAACUCAGUAAGGGAAGACCAAGAGGCAGAUUGAAUAAACCCCGCAUAGAUAGUGAGGAUGAGGAAUUUCGAGAUGACGGUGAUGAUGGUGAUGAAGAAGAUGACUUUACCCUUUCUGAUGAUGACUUUAUCGAAAAAAAGAAACGAGAUAAUUUCAUUGUUGAAGAUGAAAAUGAAUGGGAUGACGAAGAAGACGAAUAUGGGGUUAAACCAAAGAAAAAAAGAGGUCGUAAGAAAAAAAGUAGAUCGGUAUCGGCUGAACCAAGAAGAGCAACCAGAUCAGGUAAAGUCUUGCAAGAGGAAGACCUUGAAUUCACUGGGGAUGAUACUCGUGACGAUGCACAAGAUGAUGUGGAUGACAUACAGAGGGAAAUUGCCGAAUUAUACGACUCAUCACCAAUGCGGGACUCGGAACCUUCACAACACAAGUUGAGACAAAGAGCCAAGGUUGAUUACACCAUUCCACCACCAAUUACCAAUGACUUGGUGCUUGAACGGCCUUCAACGCCAGUUAAUGUCCGAAACAGGCGAGGAAGGCCUGCCAACAAAAGUGAUUUCCGUAAAAUUUUGUACCCCACAGCUGGUCCCUUUGGUGGCAGUGAUGUAAUAUCUUUGUUUGGAACAAAUAUACCACCUGGUGGUAUUCCUUUACCGGGAAUGAGUGAUCCAAAUAACCUUACUGCAAUUGGCCAAAAUGUCAGUGAUUCAGACAGUUCUGAGGAUGAGAUUGCUCCCGUCAAUGGUGAAGCUACAAUUAGCCGUAAAGAGAAGAAACCGUCAAAAUCAGAAGGUAAAUUGCUUACCGGAGGGUCUGAUGAUAAGAAAAAAGGAAAAAACAGUUUGAGCGAUACUGAUCCUUUAGGUGUGGACAUGAACAUCGAUUUUUCAGUUGUUGGGGGAUUGGACAAUUACAUCAACCAAUUGAAGGAGAUGGUUGCUUUACCACUAUUGUACCCAGAGUUGUAUCAGAAUUUUGGCAUCACACCGCCUAGAGGUGUAUUAUUUCAUGGUCCACCAGGAACGGGUAAAACUUUGAUGGCGAGAGCUUUAGCCGCAAAUUGCUCGACACCGGAGCGUAAGAUUACCUUCUUUAUGAGAAAAGGUGCUGAUUGUUUGAGUAAGUGGGUUGGAGAAGCAGAAAGACAAUUAAGGCUAUUAUUUGAAGAAGCCAAGAACCAGCAACCAUCUAUCAUAUUUUUUGAUGAAAUUGAUGGUUUGGCUCCGGUGAGGUCGUCUAAACAGGAACAAAUUCAUGCUAGUAUUGUUUCUACACUAUUAGCAUUAAUGGAUGGUAUGGAUAAUAGAGGACAGGUCAUUGUCAUUGGGGCAACAAAUAGACCUGAUGCAAUAGACCCUGCUCUACGAAGACCAGGGAGAUUUGAUCGUGAAUUUUAUUUCCCAUUACCUGACAUCAACGCGAGGAAGGAAAUCUUAACCAUCCACACAAAGAAAUGGACGCCACAGUUGGAUGAAUUGUUCUUGAGUAACCUUGCUGAGCUUACAAAAGGAUACGGAGGUGCGGAUUUAAGAGCAUUGUGCACCGAGGCUGCAUUGAAUAGUAUUCAACGGAAAUAUCCUCAAAUCUAUGAGACAAAUCACAAAUUGGCUGUCAAGCCAGAAAAAGUCAAAGUCAUUGCCAAGGACUUUAUGAUGGCACUUGACAAAAUUGUCCCCUCCAGUGCAAGAUCUACUUCAUCAGGGUCUGCUCCAUUGCCCGAUAACUUGAAGCCAUUACUACUGGACGGUUUUGAACAAAUUAAAUCCAAAUUGAAAGAUGUGAUACCUGUAUCCAUCAGCGUUGUUGGACGUAAGAAGCUCACUACUUUGGAAGAAGCCAAGUAUCUUGAUCCAACUGUUAACGACAAGGAUGGAGGGUUUGGCAAACAGCAAUUGUUGAAAAAUUUAGAAAACGCUAGAAUAUGCAGACCUCACUUGCUCGUAAGUGGCGAAGAAGGGAAUGGGCAGCAGUAUCUUAGUGCUGCAGUCCUCAACUACUUGGAGGGAUUUCAAGUCCAGUCACUCGAUCUUGGAACAAUAUUUGGCGACCCUACGAGAACGACAGAACUGGCUAUCAUCCAAGCAUUUAUUGAAGCUAGGCGACACCAACCCGCCAUUAUAUUAAUUCCCAAUAUUGAUGUAUGGUACCUGAUUUUGCCAGAUUCUUCAAAAGCGACGUUGUCAAGUCUUCUACGGGGAUUGAGAAGCAACGAAAAAAUUUUAUUGCUAGGUUUUUCUGAAACUCCUUUACAUUAUUUGGAUGACAGGAUCAAAUAUCUAUUCGGGUUAGAGAAUUCAUCAAACAAUGUUGUAUUGCAAAAUCCAACAAAACUGGCAAGGAAGGAGUUUUUCCUGACGGUAUGGAAGACUAUAUUGAUGAAGCCAUACGAGUUUGUUAAUGAUUUACAGAACAGACCUAAGAGGAAACUAAAACAGUUGAAAGUUGUUGAGACUGUGGCAAACUUGUCAGACAAGGAAUUAAUCAAGAAGAAACAAAAGGAGCAGGAAUACAAUGAUACCAAAUUGAAAAACACACUCAAAAUCAAGCUAGCCAGUUUGAUGGAUUUGUUCAAAGUGAGGUAUAAGAGGUUCAAAAAGCCCAUUGUUGAUGAGAACCUACUCUACCAUUUAUUUGAUCCAACUGUGUUAGACAAUCCCCUUAGCAACUAUCAAGUUUUAUACAGUAGGUCGGAUGAAUCAGGUCAUGAAAAUAUGAUCAAGGAGCUUGCAACUGGCAAGAAUUAUUAUAAUAUGGAUCUUGACACAAUUGAGGAGCGAUUAUGGAAUGGGUUCUACAGUGAACCAAGGCAAUUUCUUAAAGAUCUUAAAUUAAUUUUGAAAGAUUGUAUAAUGUCUGGUGAUCGAGAAAGAAUUUUGAAGGCGAAUGAGAUGAUCACUAAUGCUCAAUUUGGAGUAGAUGACUUCUCAACUCCAGAAUUUUUGAAGGCUUGUAAAGAAAUGAGGGAGAGAGAUAAGACAAAGCAAGAAAAGUUGUUAAAGGAGUACGAAGAGUUGAAGUCAAAGAUACAAAAUGGCACCACAGAGCAAGCUGGAGCUCAAGAUGCGGCUGUGUUAGGCAAUAAUGGAAGCGCCAUAGAUGUUUCAGGGCAAGAAUCUACCUCGAAAUCAUUUCCAAAUGGAGAUAUCCCUCACAAUAGAGCAGAUGUUACGGCUAUUAUGGAAGUGGACAGUGUUAAAGAGGAUAACGAUGAGUCACUUGCAGGAACAGAAAGGGAAAAUGGCAAGGAAAUCGAACAACAGAAAGAAGAGGAAAGAGCAUCAACUGAGCAGGUGGAACAACUAAAAGUGGAUAUGAACGAAGAGGGGAAGGAGAAUUCCCAGGAGGAACUCAAAGAGGAGGAGUCAGAAUCAGAAGCAGAGGAGUCGAUCGAAAUCGACCACUCGAAGGAACUAGUACUCGAUAAAGAUUUGUUUGACAAGCUCAAGAAACAAGUGGUCAAACUCACAGACCAAUUUACCAUUGACAAGUUGGAAACGGUCAUGGCGAGAUUGAUGGAUAUCGUUUGGACGGAUAGAAAUGAAUGGGAUAAAACGCCCACUCUACAUAACAUUGAAAAAGUCUUGACGUCAUUGCAACCUACUUCUUAA